UUUAUCGACAACGGGUGGCUACUUGUAGAAGGAUCACUAUCUGGAGAUAUCGGUCAAUACGACUGUCCUAUCGCACUGAAUCUCUUCGGGCCUCCUCUAAGCUCACCAUUGAGCGAGGAAGUACGCGAACGUAUGAUGGUUGACAGGCUUCCCACGCAGGAUAUUAGUAGGUUUGAGCGGGAUCAAAAGAAAGCGCGACAGACUGUCGAACGGCAGAUGACUGCCAGCUCCCAGUUCAAAGCUUCGCAACCUCCUGGUCUUGGAGACAGCUCACAAGAGCAAACGAUGCAAGACAUCAUCAGUGGAAGCGAACGUUUCAACCCGAGAGAUAUUGGCCGAGCUGCAGAGCAGUUUGGUACAUCUGAGGAUGACCUUGCAGCUAUGGUCAAGGCCAAGCAACCCAUGCGUCUUGCUACAACUAUGCUUCCGUACCAGCUUCAAGCACUGGCAUGGCUGCUUGAUAAGGAGAACCCCAAAGUACCUGCCAAAGGUUCCAAGGGUUUUGUACAACUCUGGCGCAGACACGAACGUUACCCCAACGCUUUCACAAACAUCGCAACCAACUUCUCCAUAAAGGUCAAGGAGCCUGUCCUUGCAAGCGGUGGUAUUCUUGCUGACGACAUGGGUCUUGGAAAAACGCUCGAGAUCAUCUCACUUCUGGUGUCGGAUCUGGAAGACUUUUCGCCAAGUCAGCAAGGCGAAUCAAGUGCUACGUUGAUUGUUGUACCUCUGUCUGUGAUGUCGAAUUGGAGCGAUCAAAUUGCAAGGCAUGUACGUAAGGAUCAGCCCUUGCGUGUGUACACUUAUCACGGAGUGGGAAAGAAGUCGAUGGGUCCGCAAGACUUCUCCCAGUACGAUGUUGUUAUUACAACCUAUCAAACCUUGGCAAGUGCCUGGGCUUCAGGUGGACAACCACCAAAAUCGAAAGGAUUGUAUUCAGUCCACUGGCGACGUGUUAUUCUGGACAAAGGACACCACAUUCGAAACCCAAGCAGUAAAGGUGCAAGCGCUGUUACUGCUGUGCUUGCUCGCUCGCGCUGGGUACUCACUGGUACACCUAUCAUCAACUCUCUCAAGGAUUUAUACUCUCUGCUUCGCUUUAUCGGAGUUACUGGCGGUUUGGAGAAGCUUGAAGUCUUCAACAGCGUUCUAGUUCGUCCAGUCAAGGCGAAUGAUUCAAGCGCGACAGCUCUUCUUCGGGCGAUCAUGUCAGCAUUCUGCUUGCGCCGUCGCAAGGAGAUGAAGUUUAUCGACCUGAAGCUGCCAGAACUUUCCGAGUUUGUCCAUCGUAUCCAAUUCGCAGACAAGGAGAAUGAGAGAUACAUGGCGCUGUUCCAGGAAGCCCAGGGUACUCUUUCUUCCUACCGCAAGGUCGAGGGCCAGAAGGCCUCUGAAACAUACCGAUACUUGCUCGAGACUCUGCUCCGGCUGCGUCAAGUCUGCAACCAUUGGCAAAUGUGCUCUGAGCGCGUGACCAACCUGAUGGACCAAAUCCAAAAGCAGAAGGUCGUCGAACUAACCCCUGAAAACAUGAAGGCGUUACAGGACAUGCUAUCGUUGAGCAUUCAAUCACAAGAAGAAUGCACCAUCUGUCUUGAUAGCCUACACAGUCCUGUCAUUACACCUUGCGCUCAUGCUUUCGGUAGAGAGUGUAUCGAGCGCGUUAUUGAUACCCAGAAGAAGUGUCCUAUGUGUCGCGCGGAGCUCAAGGAUAACUCGAUCCUUGUUCAGCCAGCCAAUGACUUUGGUGAUGAGGUCAAUGAUGAAUCCAUCGAUUUUGAUGCUAGCAGCACCAAACUUGAAGCGCUUAUCGACAUUCUCAAAGCUUCCAGGGGUACAGGAAACAAGACUGUCGUCUUCUCGCAAUGGACCAAGUUUCUGGACAUUGUGCAGGCCCGCCUCGACCGCGAAGGCUUCAAAUACUGCAGGCUCGACGGAACCAUGUCAGCCGGGCUUCGAGAUAGAGCACUUCACGCUCUCGCUGACGAUUCUGACUGUACCUUCAUGUUGGCAAGUUUAGGCGUGUGCAGUGUUGGCCUAAAUGUCGUUGCUGCAAAUCAAGUAAUCCUCUCGGAUAGCUGGUGGGCUCCCGCCAUCGAGGAUCAGGCUGUUGAUCGCGUGCAUCGGCUGGGUCAGACAAAGAAGACUAGUGUCUUCCGCCUCGUCAAAAGUGUGACAGUAUUCUGCACGUGGGGAGGCUACAUGGUUGGCUCUUCACUUAUAAACAGCUUAGAUGAUAUUGUAUGCCUGACAUCUUGUUUCCUGAGAGUGCUUGAGAAAUUAAUAUAUCAACUCUGAUCAGCAGGUACAGUAUACAUUUCCUCUGAUCCUGAACGCUGUCUGCUGCCCAGCAUCACAAAGCAACAACCUUCGUGAUUAGAUUACGCAAUAAUCUCUAGGAGUCUCGAUAAAUAUAUGUCCAU